AUGGCGCUUGUGUUUAAGUCCUAGUGGUUAGGGUAGACAGCCGCUAAGUCUCAAAAGUCAAGGUCCACCGUUAGAAAUUGUAGUUUGGUCUUGUCACAGUCGUAUUCUAAGUCUAUAUAAUUAAGCAAAUGUGCAUGUGAGAAGGGCGGAUUAUGACAGAAGAAAAGUCGCAUCGGAGGACACAUUUGAGUCAACAGUAUUUUGAAACCGUCAACAUCAGACAGUAAGAAUGCGUGACCUGGCUGCUCAGGUCACCAGCAGCCUGUUGCGCUUCCCGGAGGUGACUAUAGACGCUCUGGGUGAAGAUGAAGUCACGCUGGACUCUGUGCUGCAUGGCAGGUUCACUGUCGGGCGGAGCGGGCUGGCCUGGCUGGCGUGCGGCCCCCAGCUGGAGGUGGUGCACUCGGUGACGGCGGAGCGCUUCUCGGCCUACUGCUUCAGCAGCCUCAGCGAUCACCCGCCCAACGUGCUGGCGGCGCGCGACUUCUGCUGGCUGAAGCGCACGGGUCUGCUGGUGGGCCUGGAGGAGGCCGAGGGCAGCAUGCUCUGCCUCUACGACCUCGGCAUCUCCCGCGUCGUCAAGGCCGUCGUCAUCCCUGGCAGGAUCACAGCCAUUGAGCCCAUUGUGAGUUAUGGAGGGGCCAGUGCAAACACCCAGCACCUCCACCAGAGCCUGCGCUGGUUUUUCGGCGUGGCCGCGGUCGUCACGGACAUCGGGCACGUGCUCCUGGUUGACCUCUGUCUAGAUGACCUGUCCUGCAGCCAGAGUGAACUGGAACCUUCCGACCUGGAGGUGGUGAACAAGUCGCCGUCGGAGAUCCCGCGUCUGAGGGAGGGGGUGACUCAGCAGGGCCGCCACCUGUGCCUGCAGCUCAGCAGCCCCACGGGCACCGCCGCCUCCGCCCUGCAGUACAUCCCCCGCACCAACCAGCUCGCCGUCGGCUUCACCGACGGAUACCUGCAGCUCUGGAACAUGAAGAGCCUCAAGAAAGAGUAUCACUCUCAGCUGGAAGGAGGCAGAGUUCCUGUCUACGCCUUCACGUUCCAGGAGCCCGAGAACGACCCCCGCAACUGUUGCUACCUGUGGGCAGUGCAGUCGGCUCAGGACCUUGAGGGGGAUGUAGUGAGCCUCCACCUGCUGCAGCUGGCCUACGGAGAGAGGAAGUGCCUGGCCUCCGGCAAGAUUCUCUAUGAGGGUUUAGAGUACUGUGAGGGACGCUACAGCCAGGACCUGAACGGCACGGCCUUCCCUCUCCGGGCUCAGGCCACCAACACGCGCCUGCUCAGCUGCCAGACCAUCGAGAAGUUCCGCCACCACCCCGACCGCGACGACAGCAUGAAUGAAGUGGCUUCACCGGACACCAGCGUGUCCAUCUUCAGCUGGCAAGUCAAGUCUUACGGGCAGGCCAAGCCAUCCACCUACAUCAGUGUGUUCGACAUUAACAGAUGGUACCACGCACAGAUGCCUGAUUCUCUGAGGGCAGGGGAGUCUCUGCGUAACUGCCCGUACUUCGCCGUGUGGUCCCUGGACGCGGUGGUGGAGAUGGCCGCCACCAGCCCCCUGCUGGACGUGCUGGUGCACGAGCGCAGUCUGAGCAGGGGCCUGCCCUACGCCUGCCCUCCCCCCGAACAGUUCUUCAACCCCACCACAUACAACUUUGAUGCAAGCUGCUUGCUUAACUCUGGGAUUGUGCACUUAACUUGCUCUGGUCAUCAGAAGGAGACCCUGAGCUACCUGAAGAAGGUGGCACCCACGCUGAGCGAGAGCAUCUCCAGCGGAUACACUCGCUGCCUGGUGUCCGGUCUGCUGUCCCCGCGCCUGGCCGACGUCCAGGCCUCCAACCUGUCUCAGGAGGAGCAGCUAGACGCCAUCUUAUCCACAGCGGUGGAGACGAGUUCCCUCGGACUGAUCACUGGAUGUAUAAAACAGUGGACUGCUGAAGAGCAACCAGGAUCAGCGGCGAACCUGCGGUACAUUCUGGAAUGGGCCUGGGAUAAAGUGGUCCACACCAAACAGGAGCUGGAUGGCAUCUGUGAGCCGUUAUUUGACAGCUCGUCAAACUUCACAGAGCCUCAGACCCUGCAGCUGCUGCAACACAGUCAGCGGUUGCUGGGCAACCUCAGCACCAUCUUCCACUCCCUGCUCAGCCAGGCCCAGGAGAUCACUCAGAAAGGUCUCGUGGGCCUCAUCAACAAAAACCUGGUAUCAAGUCUGAUUGCACAGUAUUCACAAGUGGUCCUAUGGUUCUGUCGGACUGGCCUACUCCCUGAGGGUUCAGAUGACGAAGAUGCUCUGCAGAUUUCAAGGCCCUUCUACAGCUACUCCAUCAUCAAGAACUACUACACCGGCAGACGGGAGGAGCUGCAGCGCCUCACCAAGGACAAAUGGAAUGCCGACUGCCUCAUGAUUGAUGCACUGGUGGGCCAAUGCGGCGAGCGCCUGGCUGACCUGUGGAAAAGGGACGAGGGGGGAGCGGGGCAGUACCCACCUCUUUCACUGCAUGCCUUGCUGGACAUCUACCUCCUGGAAAACAUUGAUGAAUCUGCCAAACACGCCAUUGUUAUUUAUUUACUGCUGGAUGUCAUGUACUCUUUCCCAAAUAAGAGCGGCUCGUCGGUAGAGUCCUUCCCCACAGCGUUCGCCAUUCCCAUUGGCCUGGUCAAGCUGGUGCAAGGCCUCUGGCUGCUGGACCAUCGGGAUCAUGAGAACUCCCUGGAGCUGCUGCUGCACCCGGCCACCAGUCACUCUCUGUGGGCGUGGCAGCACGGGCGCGUGCUGGAGGCGCUCAUGUGCCAGGGCCAGCACGCCAUCGCCCUGCGCUACCUGCACGUCAUGAAGCCCUCGCUCGGCACCACCAGCGAGGCCAAGCUCUGCCUCUCCGUCCUCCUGCACAACAGAUGCAUGGUGGAGGCGUGGGCUCUGCUACGGCAGCAUUCCAACAAGCUGAACAUGGAGGAGCUGCUGCACUUCCUGUACGAGACCAGUCAGGAGCUGGACCUCAUGAAGGAGCUGCUCAAGCUGCCGCUGGGCCUCACCGAACAGGAAUGUCUGGAGCGUUUCCUUCAGGGUACAGGUGGGCUCCGGAACCGGGAGCUGCUGAUGGUGCAUUACCUGCAGCAAGCCAACUACGUACCCGCUCUUCAGCUCAACCAGACACUAAAGAUGAACACGCUGAACGACCGUGACCCUAAAAUGAAGGAACGCUCCAACACCAGGAACUCCAUCCUGGACCAGUAUGGGAAAGUCCUUCCCAGAGCGCAGAGGAGGCUGGCCACCGAGAGGGCCAAGCCCUACAGCCACCCCUCCACCAUGCUCAGAAAGGUGUCCCGACCGCAGCCGUUGUCCACUGUGGCGAAGCGUUCGGCCGCCGAGAGCGUGCUGACGAGAGCGACCUUCAUCAGCAGCGUCCUCUCCAAGAUCGAGGAGGUGUGGGUGGGAAAGGACAACACCCCAGAGUCCUCUCCUUUCAAGAGUCCCAGAGUGCCCGAAGUGCUUGUGCCAAGCCCCCAGCGUCCCCCAACCGAUCUACCUGACGCCUUCGUGGGCACGCCUAUCACCAUGACGAAAAAGAGAAUGUCCAGGAUGUUUGAUUUGAUGGUGCACCCCGCCUGCCCGAGCACCCCUGAGCCCCCCCACCAGCUUCAGACGACCCCCCCUCGGACCACGACCUCAUGGACCGCCCCCAAAAGCAUCCCCCGAGCUCCUGAGCUGGACCUGCUGCAAACCCCACAAGUUGUCAAGAGAGCUCGUGCUUUGGCUGCAUCAGUCCCAGUCUUCUCCAGCUUCACCCCCCAGUCCAUCCUGCGGAGCAGCCUUCGGCCCACCCCUGUGGCCACCCCCUCCGCCUCCCCCGGCCGCUCCGCCACGCCGCCCCUGCGCCCCAAAGAGAGCCGCAUCACCUUCGUGGAGGAGGCCGCCAGCCCCGAGUUGGCCAAAAACCCAGCGCCCUGGAGCAACGGGGUAAUGCGGACGCACCAGGCAGCUCACAAUACAGCAGCAGAGGGCCUAAGCUGUGUAGUCGAUACUAUUGUGGGUGACAGUGAGGUCAGCCUGUCUCAGAGAUCCAGUGUCCACUCGUAUGAAGAGGAGGAUGAGGAGGAAGAGGAGGGCGAGCCGAGGGUCACCUACUUCCCUCCGGCAGAGAAGCUUGCGGUCGAGGCGAGUGAGAACGCAGGUCGGGACGGGUCGGAGAGCGGUUCCUCAUCCGUUAGAGAAGUCCCCGCCAUCACGCCCGCGCUGACUGGACGGCCGAGCCUCGGCCACGACGCCAGCGCGGCGUCGGUCGACCAGUCGCUGGAGUCCACUCUGGAGUUCCACGACGCCCCGGCGCCAGAGGACCUGCUGCUGGACCAGGACCAGCCCGAGCCCACGAUGCUGUGGGAGGAGCAGGUGGACGACGAGGUGAUCGUAGUCAGGAGGACGAAAUCACCAAUCAGAAAAAAGGCAGCGCCGUCGCUGGAUGAUACCCUUCCAGAGGAGCCCCCUGUGGCUGCUGCUCACGAGGAGAACGCUCCGCUCACAGUGGAGCAGGAGGAAGAGGAGGAGGAGGAGGAGGAGGAAGAGGAGGAGGCGGAGAAGAUGGACCAGGAGGUAGUUGAGGAAUGUAAGCCAGAAUCUGAGCCCGAAACCCAGGAAGUAGCGUCAGAACCGAGCGGAGAGAUCGAGGCCUCCGUGGCUCCAGCUGAAGAGCUUCCUGCGCUGGAGGAAAGCGAGAGCGAUCCGGAGGUCGUGCAGGUGCCGGAGGAGGAGGAGGAGGAGGAAGAGGAGGAGGAGGAGGAGAAGCAGCAAGUUGAAGAUGUGACCGAGAUGCCCGAGGCUCUCGCAGAGUCUGAACCGCUGAGCGCAACGGUGGAGGUGACCGCCGCUGCAGCAGAGGAAAUUGUGUGCGUGUCUGAGUCUGAGAACGCUGCCGAUGUUCUCCCUAAGCUCGAUCACAAACCAGAGCCAGAACCCACCACGACCAUGGCCAACCAUGCAGGAGAAGCGGAGGGAUCGCCGCCAGAGGUUGAGGUGGAGAACGCCCCCAGGAAACAGGACGUCACAGAUCUGGAUAUCGAUGCUUAUGUGGAGCAUCAUCUAUUUGACAACAUGUCCCCUCCUCACUCACCAACACGGAACUGGACCACCAUUAACAGCGAUGCUGUCCAUGAAAUGGCGGAGGAACAAGCCCCUGCUGUGUCCACCGCUGAUAUGCCCGCUGAUGUGCCAGCUGAUGUGCCAGUGCUGACCACUCAGAAGUCUGUGGCCUCCUCCGAGCCCACCACCUCUGGCUCCCCCUCUGUGGUGAGCGUGAACGACAGUGAGGAUCUCUCCAGCGCUGCCUCAGACGACGAGUCUGAUUCUGAAGACGAAGAUGAGGACGAAGAGGACGACGAGGAGGAGGAGGAGGAAGAAGAAGAAGAGGAGGACUCAGGCAGUGAGGUGGAGAUCAUAGAGGAGGUGGAGGGGAACGGCCGUGCACUCCGCCCCCCUCCCGCUCACCUGUACCUGGAGGAGCUGCCGCCCCAUGCUCAUUACCUGCAGGAGCAGACCUCCGCCGUGCUCUCGCUCGUCUCACCUGAGGCUCAGGAGGUGGAGGGCAUCAUGCUGGAGGAGGAUGAGGAUGAGGAUGAGGAGGUGGUGAUGCUUGGCCUGGGCCCCAGGUGCCUGGAUGAAGACGAAGCCGAGGUGAGCUACACUGAGCUCAAGCCCCCCGCCACACUCCUGGUGCCGCUGGAGCUCGCCGAGGACUCCAACUCCCAUCAGCCCCAGCACCUGGACGAAGGGGCCCUGGCUGCAGUCAUGCCGGUCGAGCCCACAGCGACCCCUGCUGGUGGCUUCUCACUAAUGCUGGAGGCCGAGGAGGAGGAGGAGGAAGAGGAAGAAGAGAUGAUGGAAGAGCCUCAGGCUGUGGAGGAGGUGGAUGCGGGUGGAGAGAUGAACCAGCUGAUUGAGCUACCUGAGGUUGAGGAUCAGCUGGUGUUGGGCGUAGACACCAGAGCUCAGGAGCUGGCCAAUCAGGAGCAGGUGGACACACCUGACCCACAGGUGCACGCACAGGAGGAGGUGGCAGAGGAGGAGACACAGGGCACACAGGUGGCCACGGCAGAGGAGCCGGAGGACCGUGACGCUCAGGACACCGUGCCAGUGUCUGUGGACGCAGAGAUGCCCGAGGAGGAGGAGGAGGAGGAGGAGGAGGCGGCGGCAGUGUUUGACGCCCCAGCCCUCCCUGGCUCUGCUGGAGAGAGUGAGGCCGAGCAGGUGAGCGACACACCUGAAGCGGAGGCGGAACAGGUGGAGCAGCAGAUGCAGGACACACCUGAGGAAGAGGAGGCGCGCGUGGCCAGUGCAGAGGAAGAGGAGGUGCGCGUGGCCAGUGCAGAGGAGGAAGAGGAUGAGGAAGAGGAGGAGAAGGAGAAGGAGGAGGAGGAGGAGGAGGAGCGCAUGGCCAGUGCAGAGGAAGCUGCAGAGGUGCCAGGGACUGAGGAAGAGAGUCCCACUGAGAUGGAGACCCAAACUGAGGAACCAGAUGAAAACCUGCCGCAGGAACCCGAGGAACCUGUGCCUGUGCCUGAGGCUGAGGCUGAGGAGGAACCCAAGGAACUCACACCUGAUGCUGUGGAGGCUUCAGCGCUGCUGCUGUCGUUUGCUGAUGCUUCUGCUGCUGAUGAUGCAGAGCAACCAGAAGGAGGGGAGAUCUCAAGCUCUGCUGCUGAUGCUGCAGAGGUCGCAGAGGUCGAGGAGAAGAGCGCUUCAGAUGCCAGGGCUGAGAAAGGGAGGUCUACCAGGCAGAGUGAGCAAGCUGCUGCUGCUGCUGCUGAUGAGAUCGCAGACACUACGUAUGAAAUUCCUCCGGUCAGCACAAGGAAAGGCAGCAGUCAUAGGAAAAAUGUGACCUUCCUCUCACCGGUCAUUCAAGCGGAAAAGGAGGAGGCAGAAGAGCAUAGUGACCCUCCAGUGCCCUCCACGCCCCAACGGCGCUCCACCAGGAGUGGCAAGCAGCUGCCAGAUGUUCAGGUUGCUGUCACGCCCAGGAGGAGGACGAGGCGGACCGAACCGGAACCGGAACCGCAGAAGGAGAAGGAGAAGGAGGAGGAAGAGGAGGAGGCUCCAUCAGCUAGCACAACAGUCAACUCCAAACCCAGUACCUCAAAGAGACAGACGCCACAGAAAGCCACUCCAAGGAAGGGCGGUCGGAGAACCAAGAGCUCGGUAGAGGCCGAGGAGGCCGCCGCAAACGAGCAGCCUGCCGUCGAGGUGCCGGAGACGGGUCGACGCAGCACCAGAAAGACGCGGAACACCUCCAUCCUGGAGGCUCCCGAAGCUCCAGCUGUGGCUCCCGAGGCGAAGGUGGUCGAUGAGCCCCCCAGGUCGGCCUCCAGCAGCCCCGGCAGGGUGACCCGAGCCUCAACCCGGGGGGUCAGCCUCUCCCUGGACAGCUUCCAGAAGCCGUCGGCCGAGACCGAGAGUGUUGUCGUCGUCACGCCACCCAGAAGCAGGAGGAAGACGAGGACCGGCACGGGCGUGAAGGCCAAAGCCGCCGCGGACUCUCUCGACGACUCCGCGCUUCCCAGCGGCACGGCCGUGCGCCGGCUGACCCGGGGCCGUAACUGGAAGGACAUGGAGGGCGAGGAGGACGAGGAGAGGAAGGACGAGAUGGGCAUCAUGGACACCACCGUGGAGCUGGUGCCCGGGACGCCACUCGGGGACGCUCUGAUGGAGAGGCUCCAGGGAGAGACCGGAGGGGAGGUGGGGGUCGCCGUGACUGAGAUCAUCCGCGCCAAGCGCAGGACCACGCGGGCGGCCGCCGCGCCACUCACCCCCGUGGCGGAGCCCGAGGACGGCGAUAGCGGGCAAGCGGACAUGGACGCAGACGCUAGCGCCGUGGCUGAGCCGCCGGAACCGGCCGCUAGUCCGAGUCGGAGACGCGGCCGGGCUAGUAAGGCCCCCGCGCCUGAAGAGCCCGCGGAGACGGAGACGUUCACCUUCACACCAACGAGGAGGACUAGAGGAAGGAAAGUGGAUACCGUGGAGGAGAACGGUGUGGCCCCAGUAUCGCCUCAGGUGAUUACCCCUGCACCUAGCACCCGCACUCGACGAGUCCCAGACAUCUCAGAGCCCCAGUCCAGCAGCCAGGACAACAACAAAGCGGAUGAUGUGGCAAAAGAAACCAAAACUAGUCAGGCGAAAAAGACCCGAACAACAAGACUGAAGGCUUCUCUGGAGCCCCCGGCCCCUGUGACGGCGUCGCUGCUGUCGCCCCUGGUGACCCCGGAGGAGUCUACGACGGGACGGACGCAGCGCAGGGUGGCGGAGCGGGCCGCGGACGAGGAGGAGCGGCCCGCUCCCAGGAUGAACCUGCGGCGCAAGCGAGUGCUGGACGCCAUCUUUCCCAAGCCUGUCGCCAGGAGGAAGAAGCUCUGAUGCUCCACACACUGGCCCAACGCCCACACAAACAAAACCCACCCAGCCACCCAGCCAGCCAGCCAACCAACCCGCCCCGCCCCCCUUAGGUCAAUUUCAGGACUUCUCAAUUGGACUUAAGCGUGACCUCCCGGGACGACGUCCUUUCUUCGCCUCUGUUGAUCUUUCCUUUUCCCUCUUCUGUUUUUAGAGAAAGACACUUUGCUGCCUGCUGUUUUAAUUUAAGAAUAACCAGUGGAAAUCUUUUUUUUUUUUUUUCAAAUUAAUAAAAACAGAUCUAAUUUAGGAAAUGGAAAAUGUUAAUUUUAUAUAAAUUACUGUAAAGUUUACAGCAAGGAGAACUGUGGGACUUCAGCACCAAAAAACAAGAUGGCUUAGUUUUUAAAUAUGCAUUUCUACUAAUUGAUGCAAGUGUAAAUAGUCUUUUGAGUAUGUUAAAUAAAAUUGAACCCUUGUAAAUGA